UAGAAUCCAAUAUAAAGAAGUAGGAAUGGGCACAGUCGUUGUUUCUGAACAAGUUCUUUCAUCUCUUCGGCCUUCUAAGGGCUUUAAGAAUCAUCAAGAAGGAACAGCAAUAACAUGUGUAGAUUUUGAUGAUACAGGUGAAUGGCUAAUUACAUCGGGUGAAGAUGAAUCACUUCAGCUUUAUGAUUGCAUUUUAGGAAAACAUAAAAAAACACUUUAUAGCAAAAAAUAUGGAAUAGAUCUUGCACGAUUUACACAUCGUUCUACAAAUGUAAUCUAUUCUUCAACAAAAGAUGAUGAUACACUAAGAUAUUUAUCAUUACAUGAUAAUGUUUAUAUUCGAUAUUUUCGUGGACAUAAGAAAAGAGUAAUUUCUUUAGAUAUGUCACCCUUAGAUGAUCAGUUUAUAUCAGGAGGUCUUGAUAAUUCAGUAAGAUUAUGGGAUUUACGAUCUUCUACAUGUCAAGGAUUACUUAAUAUUUCUACACCUUGUUUAGCAGUAUUUGACCCUACUGGAAUUAUAUUUGCAGUAGCAUCACACCCAUUAUCAUCAAUUUUACUUUAUGAUUUACGUAAUUAUGAUAAGGAACCAUUUUCAACAUUUAGUCUUAAUGAUGACGGAUUUCUUUCAAAGAUUUCAUAUCCUCCUAGAAUGCCUGAUUGGAUCAAACUAGAAUUUUCAAACGAUGGAAAAUUAAUAUUAAUAGGCACACGUGGUGAAGGACAUUAUCUUUUGGAUGCAUUUAGUGGAGAAUUACAGUCUCGUUUAACAGGACAUGUACCUGUUAAUAGUGAUCCAAAAUCAAUAACGUCAGGUGAUGUAUGUUUUACACCAGAUGGACGAUAUAUAAUUGGUGCAUCUGGAGACAAGAAUGUAGUGAUAUGGGAUACUAAGCAAAUUAAUAGAAGUAAAUCUCUAACUCCUGUUCAAAUUUUGAAUUCAGGUAAUAUUGGUCCCGCUAAAGUUGUAACUUUUAAUCCGAGAAAAAUGAUGCUAGUUACAGCAAAUAACACAUUGGCAUUUUGGCUUUCCGAAAACUAUUAA